UUAAACAUUAAUAAUGGUAAUAAAAUGCUCUACGGAGAAAAGGAAAGAGUUUAACUUAUCUUCAACAGACUCUCCAUUUUAAACUUGCUGUGGCAGCGUUCAGGUGCAUCAUGGGACCUUUGAUUCAGCAAGUCUGUUUGUUAACAUUCCUCAUCCUCUUUAAUGCCUGUUCAUCUGUUGCAGAUAAGCAGCUUGUUGUCCCUCCUGACCCUGUAGUUACCUCUGCUGGUCAUGAGGUCAUCCUUCCCUGUCACCUGUCUCCUCAAACCAGUGCUGUUGACAUGGAAAUCAGGUGGUUUAAGGAAGGAGAAUUCGCUAGCCCCCUGUACCUGUAUUUGGGUGGAAAGGUAACAGAGGGGAAAGGCUAUGAGGGUAGAGUGAGUGUGUUCACUCAGGAGUUGGAGAAAGGCAAUAUAUCACUGCUGCUGAAUAAUGUCAUGGCUUCUGAAAGGGGAAUCUACAAAUGCCAUGCCAGCUACAUGGACUGGAUUCAGGAACGGCCUGUUGUACUACAGGUUAAACAGCAGGGCAGUGUCCCCAGGAUCUCCAUGAGGAAGCACCACAGAGUGUUCAUCCAGCUCAGCUGCAGCUCAGAGAACUGGUACCCAGAGCCUCACAUGCUGUGGACGGACAGCAGUGGGAAGGAGAUCACCUCAGCAGAGACAGAGAGACCCAAACAGAAGGAGGGGGGCGUCCUGUACUCUAUAACCAGUCACAUGAGAAUAGGGAUGGACCAACUGGAGGGGGUCACAUGUAUGGUGAUUUCACAGAACCAGGGAACCAAGAUGGAGUCUAAACUGCAGAUGACUGAGGAAUUCUACAUGAGCAGUCUGCCUGACAGGGUGUAUAUCUCUGCAUUUAUGAUUCCUGUGUUUUUGGGACUGCUGUGUAUCACAGCAUCUGUGCUCUCCUUAAUCCAUCAGAGAAGAGUUGUUCGAGAAAGACUGAAGCCUUUGGACGAUAUGAAUACAAAAUUAAAAGCUAUGGAUCAAGAGCUCAUCAAAAAGACAGAGGAACUCACUUAUAAGGAUAAGUUAAUGGGAAUUACUGAAACAAUCCCAGACUCUGUUUGGAGCUUGAUGGUUGAUCAUGCAGUGGAUGUGACUUUCGAUCCUGACACUGCACAUCUCAGACUAUCUUUUUUUGAUGAUAACAAAUCUCUCAAAUUUGGAGAAUUAAACGAAAAAAAGGAUUGUGAGAAUUUCAAAGAAAAAGGCAAAGGAAGCAGCAGCAUGAAGUUUAAAGAAGAAAACAAAGACGACACGGGGCAUUUUGAAGGAAAACCUACAGAAAAUAGUAUGUUAAAUGUUUCAGGAAAAGACAAAGACAAGAAAACAACUGGAUUAUUUAACAGGAUGAUGAAAAAAGGACAAAUCAAAGAAGGUACUCUGAAGGUUGAGGAAGUAUGCAAAGAAGAGGCCACUGAGAAUUUAGAAGGAAAAUGCAAAGUAACUAAAAUGAGGUUUAAUCAAAAUACGUGUGUCUUGGGAAUGGAAGGAUAUGACAAAGGUACACAUUACUGGGAGGUUGACCUGGGGAAGAAGAGCCAGUGGAGUGUUGGGAUCGCUCAGGAAACUGAGAAGAGAGACAACAUCCAAAUGUAUCCAGAUACUGGCUUCUGGAGCAUAUGUUACAAAGACAAAAAACUGAAAACAGUUGAACAGGCUUCCACUUUCCUUCCCAUUGAACUGACACCUGAGAAGCUGGGAGUUUUCAUGGACUAUGAAGGGGGACAGAUAACAUUUUUCAAUGUGGAGAAGAAAUGCCACAUACACUCCUUCUAUGGCAUGUUUACGGAGAAACUCUAUCCAUUCUUUGGUCCUUUGUUUGAUUGUGAAGAGGAACUCAAAAUCUCACCUGUGGUAAAAAGAGACAAACCCUCAACCUCCAAGAACUGUUAGUGUAAAUAAUGGAAGAUGACAAAGUCAGUGAAAACAGAAAGGUAUUUAGAACCCAAAGUAUAUUAUAGACACUUAAAUGUAAGAUGAAAAUGUAAAUCCUAAAAUGUAGUUUAACAUGAAAAGUUCAAGCCGGUGCGCCUGGUACCUUCUACCAUACCCCGUUCAAAUACACCUCAGUUUUUUGUCUUGCCCAUUCACCAUCUGAAUGGAACACAUACACAAUCCAUGUCUUAAUUGUCUUAGGUUAAAGAAGGAUUUUUAAGCAUUGUCUCCCGCUUUCAUCUAAACUGGUAUAACAGGUGACAUCAAUAAGGGAUUAUAGCUUCACCUGGAUUCACCUGGUCAGUCUGUGUCAUGGAAAGAGCAGGUGUUCUUAAUGUUUUGUACACUGUGUUAAUCUAUUUAAAUGUAAAGUCGUAGUUGUUUUAAUUACAAUAUGUAUGACAAUAUAGAAUAAUUGACUCACUCACUGUAUGUGUAAUAUUCUGUUUAAAAGCUUUUCACUCACAUUUUUACAAAAUCUGUAAAAAUGUAAACAGUUUUGUGACAAUAAUAAAAGGCAUUUUAAUAAAAA